AUGACUGGGAAGGGUCUGGUCAUCUACCCGGAGAUUGGGGAUAAACUGGACAUUAUCUGCCCCAAGGCGGAGCCAUCCAAGCCUUAUGAGUACUACAAGCUGUACCUGGUGAAGAAGGACCAGGCAGAUGCCUGCAGCACCGUCAUGGACCCCAAUGUGCUGGUGACAUGCAACCGGCCCGAGCAGGAGAUCCGCUUCACCAUCAAGUUUCAGGAAUUCAGCCCCAACUACAUGGGCCUGGAGUUCAAGCGGCAGCAGGAUUACUUCAUCACAUCCACUUCCAAUGGGACACUGGAUGGCCUGGAGAACCGGGAAGGAGGAGUCUGCCAGACACGCUCCAUGAAGAUUGUCAUGAAAGUGGGGCAGGAUCCGAAUGCGGUAAUCCCGGAGCAGCUGACGACGAGUCGGCCGAGCAAGGAGUCUGACAACACCGUGAAAAUUGUCACACAGAGCCCGCGCAGCAAGAUCCCCGCGGUGGAGGAGCCCGGCAAGCCGGGCUCCGUCAACCAGGAUGGCCAGGAGACCCAAGGUCCCAGCGACGGCUUCUUGAGCUCCAAGGUGGCUGUCUUUGCAGCGAUCGGUGCUGGCUGCGUCAUCUUCAUCCUCAUCAUCAUCUUCCUUGUCGUCCUCCUGAUCAAGAUCCGCAAGCGGCACCGGAAGCACACGCAGCAGCGAGCCGCAGCCUUGUCCCUCAGCACCUUGGCCAGCCCGAAAUGCAGCGGGAACGCGGGCUCCGAGCCCAGCGACAUCAUCAUCCCUUUACGGACUACAGAGAACAACUACUGCCCGCACUACGAGAAGGUGAGCGGGGACUACGGGCACCCCGUCUACAUUGUCCAGGAGAUGCCCCCCCAGCCCCCAGCCAACAUUUACUACAAGGUGUGA